CAAUCGCAAUGCUCUUUGCGCUCACUCAGUUGUCAAAUGAUAAGACGAUUUCUUAUCACCCGCUGUUAUCAUUUUUGAGAUAAAGCAAUAAUAUUUUUAAAUAAGCUUUACACGUAUCACUUCACCACCGAAUAAAGAUGUUUAAAGUAAGAAGUUUAAUUGUACCAUUAUCAAAGUCAAAUAACCUAAAAUUAUGUAGUGUUUUGUUUUCAUCAUCAGCUGGGCAAAAGGAAGAAAAAAUAAAAGUAGGUGAAUGGAACAUAAAUUACUUAAAAGUAGGCAGUGGUCCUCACACACUGCUCUGUAUGCCGGGAGCCCUCGGCUCCAUCUGGACAGACUUCAAGCCACAAGUUGAAGGGAUUGACAGAGAAAAGUUUACGGUCGUGGCGUGGGACCCACCAGGUUACGGCAAGAGUAGACCUCCACUGAGAGACUUCCCACCAGAGUUGUAUGAAAGAGAUGCUGACUAUGCUUAUGAAUUUAUGAAGGCGCUGAAUAUCCCGAAGUACUCCCCGCUGGGAUGGAGCGACGGCGGUAUAUCCAGCCUGAUCCUCGCGGCCAAGUACCCCGCUGCUGUCAACAAGCUUGUGGUCUGGGGCACCAACACUCUUAUACUGCCGCAUGAACUUGAGGUCUAUAAAAAAAUCAGAGACAUCGACUCGUGGUCGAAGCGCAUGCGCGAACCGAUGAUAGCAGUGUACGGAGAAGAUCUGUUCCGGAAAUAUUGGGCUGAAUGGGUGGACGGCAUGGUCGCGCUGUUCAACGCUAAGAAUGGAGAAAUCUGCUCUUCUAUGCUGAAGAAUAUCAAGUGUCCAACUUUCAUACUAUACGGACAGAAGGAUCCAAUGGUGGAUGGUUCACACGUAGCUCAUCUGCACACCAACAUCGAGGGGUCUAGAAUUCACCUUUACCCCGAUGGCAAACACAACAUCCACAUAGCUUACGCAGAAGACUUUAACAAGAGAAUUGAAGAGUUCCUGUUGAAAUGAACGAUACUAGUUGUUUUCUAUCGCCCUCAUUCGAUCUUCUUAUCGUGUGGGUUGUGAGGUGGAAUACCAGCCUCAUCAAACCUGGUGUCAGGGUUAUUAUUGAGCCGCCAAAGGCCCGUGAUGAUCCGUGCUUCGGAAGGCCCUCAUUCGAUAGUGUGGAUUUUAUACGAAAUCUCAUAUUUAUGUUAUAUUUAUAAUCUUCUUGUUUUUUGUUUUGAAAUAUUUUUUUUAGGUGACAAGUGUUAUUAUAUUACAGUAAUUCCAUUG